UGAGAAGCUUUGAGAAGGGGACUUGCAGAGUUUGGACAAGAGUUCCCGACACGGCAGCUGAGCUGAGCUCCUUCAUAACUUCAGAACAAGAGUGUGAGCUCCUUCAUAACUUCAGAACAAGAGUGUGAGCUCCUUCAUAACUUCAGAACAAGAGUGUGAGAAGCUCAGAAGGUCCAACAGGGCGGUGGAGGUCACGCGCACUGAAUCGGAACGUUGAAGGGAGCGAGAGCAUCUUUGACAGCAUCUAAACUUUUCCACCGCUUUUCUCCUAUUUUUUUUAAAGGAAGACAAUAUUGGCUUUUUCAUCACUAUCUUGUUACUGUUUUUAGCGAGCCAAUGUCUCUCCCUUUACCCCAAGAUUCAUCCUGAGGUUCUGAGCGGAGACACAAACUAUUACAACUUUGUUGGCGACGCGUCAUAGACCGUUCGGUCUGAAAAUGGGCAUCAAGCGUGUGCCAUUGUUGCUUGUGCAGGUACUUCUCCUGGUGGCUGUGUCCUCCGGGCAGAACACGGGGACCGAAGGGACAAAAGAGGAGAUCCCAGAAGGAGCGUCCACCCUGGCGUUCGUCUUUGAUGUCACCGGCUCCAUGUACGAUGAUCUCGUGCAGGUUAUUGAGGGGGCAUCCAAGAUUUUGGAGAUGUCGCAGAGUAGAACAAAGAGACCCCUCUACAACUAUGCAUUGGUUCCGUUCCACGACCCGGAAAUAGGACCGGUAACCAUCACAACGGAUCCGAAGAAGUUUCAGUUUGAACUGAGGGAGCUGUACGUCCAGGGAGGUGGAGACUGCCCAGAAAUGAGCAUUGGCGCCAUCAAGAUCGCCCUGGAGAUCUCCCUGCCAGGGUCCUUCAUUUACGUCUUCACAGAUGCCCGAUCCAAAGACUACAAGCUGACCCAGGAAGUCCUGCAGCUCAUCCAGCAGAAACAGUCUCAGGUGGUGUUUGUGCUGACAGGGGACUGUGAUGACCGGGCUCACAUUGGGUACAAGGUCUAUGAAGAGAUCGCCUCCACCAGCUCUGGACAGGUGUUCCACCUGGACAAGAAACAAGUCAACGAGGUGUUGAAAUGGGUGGAAGAGGCAGUGCAGUCGUCCAAGGUCCACCUGCUGUCCACUGACCACUACAACGGGGUCAGCAACACCUGGCCGAUCCCCUUUGACCCCAGCCUGAAGGAGGUCACUGUGGCACUCAGCGGCCCUGCACCUGACAUCGAGAUACGCAACCCCCAGGGGAAGCUCGUCGGGAAGAGCGAUGGUCUGACGGAACUCCUGCACAUUCCUAACUCUGCCAGGGUCGUCAACAUCAAGGACCCGGAGCCUGGAAUGUGGUCCAUUAAGACGUCUAGCGAGGGCAGACACUCAGUCCGGAUCUCAGGAGUCAGCACCAUCGACUUCCGGGCCGGAUUUUCCAGGAAGCCCACUCUGGACUUCAAGAUGACCUCUAGCCGGCCGGUUCAAGGUAUCGCCACUUACAUCCUGCUGAACACCACAGGGCUGUUCCAUCCGGCACGAGCUGAUAGGCUGGAGCUUGUAUCAAUCACAGGCGGUGUGAUUAAGACCCUCCCAGUGCGGUACUAUCCCAACACUGGGACGGGAAGUCCCCUGACAGGAACCAUCUGGAACAUCACAGAGUUUGUCCCGCCGAAAGAGGCCUUCUUCCUGCGGGUCACAGGUUAUGACAAGGAUGGCUUCCUGUUCCAGAGGGUCUCCAGUGUGUCCUUCUCCAGUAUUGUUCCUGAUGCACCUAAGGUUGUGAUGCCCCCCACCACCCCGGGGUACUACCUGCAGAGAGGGACCAUCUCCUGCCAGGUAGACAGCCUCAUCCCCUUCACACAGCGCUUCACCAGGGAGGGGAAAAGCCUGGGUGUCGAUCAGCUCUUCAGGGAGUCAGCCAAUGCGUUGUGGGAGCUGGCCCAGGUGACUCUGAAGGAUGAGGGCUUCUAUGAGUGCAUCGCCAUCAGCAACGCCGGGACAGGACGCGCCCGAACCUUCCUGGAUGUCUCAGAGCCCCCCCAGGUGUCAGUGGACCCCCGGCACCAGACCUUUACCACGGGACAGGAAGUGAGGAUCAGGUGCUCGGCCAGAGGUUACCCCGCCCCCCACCUGGUCUGGACACACAACGACAUGUUCCUCAUGGGUUCCAGCAGACACAGAAUGACCCCUGAUGGGAGUCUGAUCAUCAGGAACAUGGAACAGAAGGAUGCUGGGGUGUACGGCUGUCUGGCCAGCAACCUGGCUGGGACAGACACUCAAACAUCCGUCCUCACCUAUAUCGAGUCCCCUGUGGUGAUCGUGGUGCUGAGUGAGAUUCUGAUUGGUCUAGGAGAAACCGCCAUCUUGGCAUGCUCCGCCUCAGGGAUCCCCCAGCCGGAGAUCAGGUGGUUCAAAGGCGACCUGCAGCUGCGGCCAUCCUCCUACAUGGAUAUUGACCCCCUGGGAGGGACUCUGACGAUCAAGGAGACACAGGAUGUUGACGCGGGGGACUACACCUGUGUGGCUACGAACCCUUCAGGAACCUCCUCACCUGGGAAGAUCACCCUGGAUGUAGGAUCUGCACCCCAGUUCACCAGAGAACCGUCUGACGUGGCGGCGGACAUUGGCUCUAACGUGACCAUGCCGUGCCACGCGCAGGGGUACCCCGAACCCCAGAUCACCUGGAGGAGGGAGGACAACGCACCCGUCUUCACCAGACGCCCCACACACAGCACCAUCACACAGAAGACAGGAGGGGACCUGCAAAUCAGCAAUCUGUGGGUGGAGGAUGAGACGGUAGUGUGUGAGGCCACAGAACAGUUUGGGAGAAUCCAGACCCACGCCAGCACUGUCACCGGACUGGUGUCCCCGGUGAUUGGCCACAGUCGGGUGCUGAAUGUGAUCAAGGAGCAGCAGGUGACUCUGCCUUGUGUGCUGCUGGCGAAACCCCUACCUGAGAGACGCUGGCUACACAACACGCCUGUGAUGCCUACCAUCCAACAUGGCCCUCAGGUCUUCAAGUACCAUGAGGACCCCAUCUCCCUACCCUGUCGUGCCGACGGAGUGCCCACGCACAUCACCUGGUCCAAGCGAGGGGAGCUGUUGAACGUCGGUGGUCUGUCCUUCUCUCUGGGGUCUGACGGCAGCCUCCACAUCACCUCCCCCACCGGGGAAGAGUCUGGGGAGUUUGUCUGCACUGCAACCAACGCAGCCGGCUACAGGUCCAAGAAGGUCCAGCUCACUGUCUACGUGCGUCCCAGGCAGAGCGGGGGCUCUGGAGGGGUGGGGAGCAACGGUGGGGCCCUGGAGGUGUCUGUCAUCGAGGGAGAGGACGUGACCCUGCCCUGUGAGGUCCAAAGUAUCCCCCCUCCAAUCAUCACCUGGGCCAAGGAGAAACAGCUCAUCUCCCCCUUCUCACCCAGACACACCCAGCUGCCCUCUGGUUCCAUGAAGAUCCUGGAGAGCCGGGUGUCAGACAGUGGUCUGUACGUUUGUGUGGCCUCUAACAUCGCAGGCAACUUCACCCAGAACAUUCUCCUCAGUGUCCUCGUGCCCCCCAGUAUCCAAGCUGGCCCGAGGGUGUUGAAGGUGCAGGUGGGGCAUCCUGUGGAUCUUCCCUGCGUGGCACGGGGGGUUCCACAGCCCUUCUUGGCCUGGCUGAAGGAUGGCGCCGCCCUGGUGGUGGACGGGACACAGUACAGGACCUCCCCCGAUGGCUCUCUGACCUUAGGCCAGGUGGGGCUGAGUGAUCAAGGGACUUACACCUGCCUGGCCACCAGCAUCGCUGGAAGAGACCAGGCCAACGUACAGCUGCAGGUGCAAGUUCCCCCCGUGGUCGAUGUCCUGGAGCCCCCCUUCAACAGCCCCCACCAGGAGAGAGUAGCCAACCAGCGCAUCGCCUUCCCCUGCCCAGCCAAAGGCACUCCUACCCCCGUGAUAAAGUGGUUGCGUAAUGGUCAGGAGCUGACAGGGAACGAGCCCGGUCUGACCAUCAUGGAGGAUGGAACCCUUCUCAUCCUGGCAUCGGUGUCUCAGCUGGACAACGGAGAGUAUGUCUGCACUGCCGCCAAUGAGGCUGGCACCACCCAGAAGAAGUACCAGCUCAAAGUCAACGUGCCCCCAGAUCUCCGUGACAACGGGUCACCGGGCAACGUGUCGGUGGUUCUGAACCAGCCCACCAACCUGGUGUGUGAUGUCAUAGGAAGUCCCGUUCCCGUCAUCACCUGGUACAAGGAUGGCGUUCCUGUGGUUCCCAGUAGCAGUGUUCAGAUCUUGCAGCGGGGGAAGACCCUGAGGCUAUUGAAGGCCAACAUGGCAGACGCAGGAAGUUAUAGCUGCAAGGCCAUCAACAUCGCAGGAAGUACAGAGAAGGACUUCCUCCUGGAAGUGCUGGUCCCCCCCACCAUCGUAGGGACCGGCUCCCCUAGGGAUGUGUCGGCAGUGCUCAACCAGGAGAUCAGUCUGGACUGUAAGGUCAAAGGAACUCCCUUUCCCACAAUCCAGUGGUACAAAGACAGGAAACUGGUGUUCCUAGGUGACCCUAACAUAGAGGUCAGCAACAAGGGCCAGACAUUGAAAAUAAAGAGUGCUCGUCUCGGAGACCAGGCACGCUACCAGUGUAGUGUCACCAACGCGGCGGGCAAACAGACCAAAGACAUCAAUCUCAGUGUCUACGUCCCUCCCACUAUAAAGGGUGGUAACGUGACCUCAGAGGUCACCGCCCUCCUGGAUACCGUAGUAACGCUGGAGUGUGAGGCGCGCGGCGUUCCGCUCCCCGCCAUCACCUGGUACCGUAACGGAGAUGCCAUCCUGUCCAGCCACCAGGCGCAGUACGUGGACCGAGGUCACUUCCUGCGGAUCCCACGCGCCCAGGCAUCUGACACUGGUCAGUUCAGCUGCAGGGUCACCAGUGUGGCGGGCACUGCAGAGAAGAACUUUGAGCUGGACGUUUACCUUCCUCCUUCCAUCGAGGGGGGGCAGGACACCGUUACAGAGAGAAAGGUGGUACUCAAGGCCCUUACCCUGGAGUGUGAGGGGGGGCACCCUCCACCCACCCUGACAUGGUUGAAGGAUGGCGUACCUGUCCGGAUUGGGGAGAGCAUCAACAUUCUGGAGCAAGGCCGGAAAAUCGAGAUCCUCUCCGCUUCUGUGUCCGAUGCCGGCCGCUAUGUCUGCGUGGCAACCAGCGUUGCCGGGGAGAAGGAGAUCAACUAUGAUGUCAGUGUCCUAGUUCCCCCUGUGGUGGAGGGAGGGGACGAGGUCACAGACACCACGGUCAUCAUCAACAACCUCCUGGAGCUAGAGUGUCGUGCCACGGGAACACCUUCACCCAUCUUCACGUGGUUUAAGGACGGUCAGCCGGUCAGGCAGGGUGAGGGGGUGAGGGUCACGGCUAACGGCCGUCGGCUGGUCAUCUCUCGGCCCCAGGUCUCAGACACGGCGCGCUUCCAGUGUGUGGCAACCAACGAGGCCGGAGACCAUAAGAGGGACUUCAAUGUGGCCGUCCAUGGUAUACAUACUGCUGUGUCUCCAUCCAUCCGCUCCACCGGGUCCUCCUGAGAGGUCGUGGUCCUCCCACAACCACAAGCCCUCCAGUGUGUUCCCAGUGGCACCCCUCUCGCCCAGCAUCACUGGCUCAAAGAUGGCCCGCCCUGUGGACACCGCCCAGGAGCCCUGAAGUACAGGUCGGCCGGUAGGACACUGCAUGUCACGGAGGCCAGAAUAGAGGAUGCUGGGAGAUAUACAUGUGUGGCAACGAACGCAGCAGGAGAGACCCAGCAACACAUCCGUCUCAGUGUCCAUGAGCCUCCAAGCGUCCCUUCUUCUGGAGAGACCUUCAAUGAGACCAUCAUAGCAGGCUACCCCAUCCAGCUGGAGUGCAAGGCCACAGGGAGUCCAGUUCCUGCCAUUACCUGGUACAAGGACGGUCGACCUCUAACCAGCGCAGCCGGGGUGACCAUCCUGAAGCGCGGUCAGCUGCUGGAGAUCGACCGUACCCAGCUGUCCGACGCCGGGCUGUACCGGUGUAUAGCAGUCAACGUGGCCGGAACCUCAGAGCUCUCUCACAGGCUGCAGGUGUACGUGCCCCCUGCCAUCUCCAGCCGCAGUGCCAUGGUGACGGUGGUGGUGAACGACCCUGCCAGGCUGGAGUGUGAGGCCACCGGCGUUCCUCUGCCAAGUCUCACCUGGCUCAAAGAUGGCAGCCCUGUUGCCAGUGUCUCCGAUGGCAUACAGGUGUUGUCCGGUGGUACAGUGCUGUCUCUCAGCAGUGCCCAGGUCAGUGAUACAGGGAAGUACACCUGUGUGGCCGUCAACGCAGGAGGAGAGCAGCAGAGAGAAUACGACCUGAGGGUGUACGUGCCACCCAACAUCAUGGGUGAGGAGGUGAAUGCCACUGUAAUGCUGGGUCGCUUGGUAGAGCUGCGUUGCCAGAGUGACGCGAUACCUCCUCCCACUCUGUCCUGGCGCAAAGAUGGCCGCCCGCUCUUCAGGAAGCCAGGACUGACCGUGUCGGAGGAUGGGAGUGUGCUGAAGAUUGACAGUGCUCAGGUGCAGGACUCCGGCAGAUACACCUGUGAGGCAACCAAUAUCGCUGGCAAGACUGAGAAGAACUAUAACCUCAAUGUCUGGGUCUCUCCCAGUAUCGGGUUCAGAGGAUGUGUCUCCAUGACAGUGAUUGAGGGAAGUCUGAUCACUCUGGUGUGUGAGUCCAGUGGCAUUCACUCCCAGCCUCACCACUGGCGCAAGAACGGUUCAGAGUUGAAGUCGGACUCGAGGGUCCCCCUGUCGGGGGGUCGUCAGCUACAGAUCUCCGGUGCUGAGAGGACAGACUCCGCCUCUUACACCUGCACCGCCUCCAACGCCGCCGGCACACAGGCCAAGGAGUACAGCCUGCAGGAGGGCAUGCUCUUCACCACUCCUCCUCUCACUGCAGUCCGCCCUUCCAUCAGACGCAGUGAGGGGACCGCAGGAAAUGACAUCACCACAGAGGGAGGAGACAUCACGCUGCAGUGCGAGGCCGACGGCGUGCCCCGCCCAGCGGUCACAUGGCUGAGGAGCGGUAGACAAUCACACUCACGAGGCCACUGGCUCAGGUGCUAAAUGAGGGGCGGUCCUACAAAUCAAGGACGCAAGGUUUCGGACACGGGGCGCUACACGUGUGUGGCGGAUGUGGCGGGACAGGCCGACAGCAAGCAUGAUGUCAACGUACACGUCCCCCCCAGUAUCAGCGGUCAGACCCAGGUCCCAGAGAAUGUGAGUGUGGUGGUGAACAACCCUGUGGUCCUGACCUGUGAGGCCUCCGGCAUCCCUCUUCCUGCUAUCACCUGGCUGAAGGACGGACGGACAAUCAGAGCCUCCAGCUCUGUCCGCGUCCUCUCAGGAGGGCGGAGCCUUCGUCUGAUGCACGCAGCAGUGGAGGAUGCUGGGAGAUACAGCUGCAUUGUGUCCAACACGGCCGGAGAGGAGAGGAAGAACUUUGACCUGGACAUCCUGGUCCCCCCUAGCAUUGUGGAUGAAGGCACGGUGCAGGAUGCCAAGGUCAAGGAGAAACACAACGUGACACUGACCUGUGAGGUCGCAGGUAACCCAGUGCCGGAGAUCACCUGGCUGAAGGACGGACAGUCGUUAGGGACAGACAGACGUCACCAGGUGUUGUCUCACGGACGGUACCUCCAGAUAUCUGGUGCCCAGGUGGAUGACACGGGCAGGUACAGCUGCCUGGCACACAACAGAGCAGGAGACCGCAGCAGACACUUCAACCUCAAUGUGAAAGCAUUUAAUUACAUCCUAAACAUUGACUGUAGUAGCUGUCAUAAAGAUAACCCUAACUCUCUUUUUCUCUUUCUGUCUCUUUCUCUCUGUCUCUCUCUCUCCUCUUCAGUCCCUCCUAGUUUCCAGCGUCCCGGGGGGGUGGGAGAUACCACCUCGACACCAGGCACUGGGGGUGAUGUUAAGGAUGUGGUACUAAACAACCCUAUCUCUCUGUACUGUGAGACCAACGCUGUUCCCCCACCCACACUCACCUGGUACAAAGAUGGACACCCAAUGGCCUCCAACGAAAAUGUGCUCAUCAUGCCUGGUGGGCGAGUGCUGCAGAUCCCCAGGGCUCAGGCUGAGGAUUCUGGGAGGUAUACGUGCUUGGCGGUGAAUGAGGCGGGAGAGGACUCCAUCCAGUAUGACGUCAGAGUGCUGGAGCCCCCCUCAAUCCGCGGGGCGGACCGCGACCUACCUGAGGAGAUGGUGAUCCAGGUGAAUAAGACCACAGUGUUGGAGUGUCAAGUGGACGGAAGUCCCACCCCUAAAAUCACCUGGCUGAAGGACAGUCAGCCAAUAAGCACUAAAGGACCCCACAGGCUACUGUCAAAUGGACGCUCCCUGCAGGUGGUGAAUGCCCAGGUGACAGACACAGGCCACUAUGUGUGUGUGGCUGAUAACCUGGCGGGAAGCGCAGAGAAAUCCUUCAAUCUCAACGUCCAUGUCCCCCCCACCAUAGUGGGAGCUAGCCCAGAGAACGUGACGGUGGUGGUGAAUAACUUUGUUUCACUGACUUGUGAGGCUACCGGGUUCCCCCCUCCCUCUCUGAGCUGGGUCAAAGACAGGGGUCCUGUACAGGCCAAUACCAACGCACUCAUCCUGCCAGGUGGACGCACCCUGCAGAUUCUGAGGGCUAAGAUGUCUGACGGGGGGAUGUACAGCUGUGUAGCCAUGAACCCCGCUGGAGAGGCCAGGAAACUCCUCCACCUCACUGUGUUUGUCCCUCCCAGUAUCAGAGACAGCAGUGGGGACUCUCCUGUGGUGGUGAGUGUGCGUGUGGGAAACUCAGUGACUCUGGAGUGUGAGUCCAACGCUGUGCCCCCUCCCACCAUCACCUGGUACAAGAACGGUCGGAUGGUGACAGAGUCUGCCAACCUCCGCAUCCUGGCACAGGGACAGAUGCUGGAGCUGAAGGGGGCAGAGGUGUCUGACACUGGCCAGUACGUCUGCAAGGCCACCAACGUGGCCGGACAGGUGGACAAGAACUUCCACCUCAACAUCUAUGUGCCCCCCAGUAUAGACGGUCCAGUGGAGGAGAAGAUAGUGGAGACCAUCAGCAACCCUGUCACCUUUGCCUGUGACGCCACGGGCAUCCCCCCUCCCAGCCUCAUCUGGCUCAAGAACGGUCGGACCAUAGAGAACUCAGAGUCUCUGGAGCUGCACAUCCUGUCUGGAGGCAGUAAGCUGCAGAUCGCCCGCUCCCAGCUCUCAGACUCUGGCACCUACACCUGUAUGGCUUCCAACGUGGAGGGCAAGGCUCGAAAGAGUUACCACCUCACCAUACAAGUCCCUCCCAGCAUCUCAGGUUCGGAGAUGCCCAGUGAGGUGGGGGUGCUGCUGAAUGACAGCGUCCAGCUGGUGUGUCGCUCUCAGGGAACCCCACCCCCCUCCAUCCAGUGGCUGAAGGACGGCAAGGCCCUCAAGGCAGGAUCCAGGGGACUCAGGAUCAGUCUAGAUGGCAGCACUCUGACUGUGUCUGGAGCUCACACCUCUGACAGUGGGAAGUACACCUGUGUAGCCACCAACAAGGCUGGAGAAGAGGACCGGAUAUUCAACCUCAAUGUCUAUGUGCCUCCUGUGAUCAAGGGGAACAGUGAUACGGCUGUGGAUUUGACCACCGUUCUGGACAGCUCCAUCAACAUAGAGUGUGUUGCCGUGGGCUCCCCUCCACCUCAGCUCAACUGGCUGAAGAACGGACUGCCUCUCCCUGUCUCCUCACAGAUACGCCUGCUCUCUGCCGGACAGGUGCUCAGGAUUGCGAGGGCUCAAGUCUCAGACGGCGGCACCUUUACCUGUGUGGCGUCCAACAGGGCUGGUGUGGACAACAGGCACUACAACCUACAGGUUCACGUUCCUCCCAGCCUGGACGGGGCGGGCAGUAAGGAGGACGUGACGGUGGUGAGAGGGAACCUGGCCUCCCUACUAUGUAUAGCUGAUGGAACUCCAAGCCCCUCCAUGUCCUGGCUGAGAGAGGGGGAGGCCCUGGUCCCUGGACCCCACGUCAAGCUGCUCAAUGUGGGCACCACGGUACAGAUCAUCCAGGCCAGGGUGGAGGAUACGGGACGCUACACCUGUGUGGCAAGAAACAGCGCUGGCCAUGCCAGCCGACACUUCCACCUCAAAGUACUGGACCCCCCUCGUAUCAACGGUUCGGGCGUGGCAGCGGAGGUGUCUGUGGUAGUGAACCAUGUUCUGGAGCUGCUGUGUGAAGCCACAGGUAUCCCCGCCCCCACCCUCACCUGGAUGAAGGACGGACGGCCGCUCCCCCAGACAGACAGCCUGCGUGUCCUCAGAGGAGGGGAGGUGCUCAGGAUUUCCUCCCCACAGCUGGAGGACACAGGGAGGUACACCUGUCUGGCCAACAGUCCUGCAGGAGACGACGAUAAAGAGUUCCUGGUCCGCGUGCAUGUUCCCCCUAACAUCGCUGGGGAGAGCACGCCAGAUGUGUCAGUGCUGCAGAACAGACAGGUGACUCUGGAGUGCAAGUCAGACGCUGUCCCUCCCCCAGCACUCACAUGGCUCAAAGACAACAAGCCACUCCAGGAUGAUGUAUGGACUUAUGUCCUAGUUGCUCCCACCAUAGCAGAGGGCCCUCUGACUGUAGCCGUCCACAUAGACCAGCCUGUAGUGUUGGAGUGUAUCGUGAGUGGAGUGCCCGCCCCCCGCGUCACCUGGAGGAAACAUGGAGCCAUACUGGCAGGAACCAACCCCAGGUACAUGUUUGCUGAGGAUGGCUCGCUCCACGUCCCCUCAGCCCAGGUGACUGAUACAGGACGGUAUCUGUGUAUGGCCACCAACCAGGCUGGGACACAACGCAAGAGAGUCGACCUGCAAGUCCACGUUCCCCCCUCAAUCUCCCGUGGUCCCACCAACAUAACCGUGACAGUGAACGUUCAGACCACCCUCUCCUGCGAGGCUACGGGCAUCCCCAAGCCCACGGUCAGCUGGACCAAGAACGGUCAAACACUCAACACAGACCACAACCAGAAUAUGUACAGGUUACUGUCGUCAGGUUCUCUGGUGGUCAUAGCGCCCACAGUGGAGGACACAGCUGAGUAUGAGUGUGUGGUGUCUAACGAGGCAGGGGAGGAGGCCAGAGCCAUACAGCUCACUGUCCAGGUUCCUCCCUCCAUAGCGGAUGAAGCCACAGAGCUGGUGGUGACCAGACUGUCCCCGCUGGUGAUUGGCUGUACUGCGUCAGGAGUCCCAGAGCCCAUACUGCACUGGAGUAAAGAUGGGAUGAAUCUCCCCAAGGAGGGGAACGGUUACAGCAUCCUGUCCUCAGGUGCAGUAGAGAUCACGUCUUCUGAGCUGAAGUCACUCUGGUCGUUAUUCCUGUGUGUGCCAAGAAACGCUGCAGGCUCCGCCCAUCGCCAUGUCAGCUCACUGUACAGGGUAAGGAAUGUGCCAGUGAUCCAGGUCCACCCCUCCACUAUGGAUGUGAUUGUUAACAACCCCAUCACCCUCCCCUGCAGAGCUACUGGCUCCCCUCUUCCCACCAUCACCUGGCAGAAAGAGGGCAUCAACAUCCCCAGCACCGGAGGUGUCUUCACCGUGCUGCCUAGCGGUGGGCUGCAGAUCUCCAGGGCUGCUGUGGUAGACUCAGGAACAUAUAUGUGUGUGGCCCAGAACCCUGCUGGCACCGCUCUGGGCAAGACCAAACUCAGAGUACAAGUCCCUCCAGUGAUCAGCUCCCAGACCCAGAGUUACCUGGUGCCCCUGGACUCCUCUGUCACCAUGCUGUGCCAGGCUGAAGGCUCUCCCUCACCCUCCAUGGCCUGGCAUAAAGACGGGCAGCCUCUCAGCGAGUCUGUGCGCCAGCGGGUCCUGAGCUCAGGGUCUCUGCAGAUAGCAUUCGGCCAGCCCGGGGACACGGGUCGAUACACCUGCACCGCAGCUAACGCAGCUGGCACCAGCAGUCUGGAGAUGAGCCUAACUGUACAGAUCCCUCCCUCUAUCCGUAGAGGGGAGUCGGAGGUGUCUGUGGUGGAGAACAGCCAGGCCCAGAUAGCGUGCGUGGCAGAGGGGGUCCCCCAGCCCACCCUGUCCUGGGAGAAGGAGGGGUCCCCUCUGAGCGACACCUCUGGAGAGUACACCAUCCUGCCUUCUGGGGAGCUGGUCAUCGACAUCGCUCAGCCUGAUGAUGAGGGCAGCUACACCUGUGUGGCCACCAACACGGUAGGUCAGGACAGCUGGACGGUCAGUUUGUCCAUCCACACCCACCCUGCCUUCACUGAGCUGCUGGCAGACGUGGCCCUCAACAAGGGAGAGCGCCUACUAAUGGCCUGUGGGGUCACUGGCAUCCCCCCUCCUAAAAUCACCUGGGCCUUCAACAACAUCAUCAUCCCAGCUCACUAUGACCAUGUGAAUGGACACAGUGAGCUGGUCAUCGAGCGGGUUACCAAAGACAACUCGGGAACCUACUCCUGUAUCGCUGAGAACAGUGUGGGAACCAUCAAGUCCCUGGGCUUUGUCUACGUCAAAGAGCCCCCGAUCAUCGACGGGGACUUCCACUCUAACCGAAUCGAGCCCCUGGGGGGUAAUGCCAUCCUAAACUGUGAGGUACGAGGAGACCCCCUGCCCUCCAUCCAGUGGAGCAAGAAGGGUGUCAACAUCCAGAUCAGCAACCGUAUCCACCAGCUGGACAACGGUUCUCUGGCCAUCUACGGCACCGUGAAUGAAGAUGCAGGGAACUAUAUGUGUGUGGCCACCAACGAUGCUGGGGUGGUGGAGAAGAGUGUCACUCUCACCCUGCAGAGCUCUCCCUCUAUCACAGUAGAGCCGGUAGAGACGGUGGUAGACGCUGGCACCACGGUGCUACUGAACUGCCGGGCGGAAGGGGAGCCCACUCCUGUCAUCGAGUGGUCCCGCCAGGGGAGCCCUCUCCUGGGCAACGAGCGCUUCACCACCCUGUCCAACGGCUCUCUGAGGCUGACCAGCGCCCAGAAGGAGGACACGGCCGAGUACCAGUGUGUGGCCAGGAACCUCCUGGGUUCUGUGCUGGUCAGAGUCACUCUCACUGUCAGAGUGCACGGAGGGUUCUCAGAGUGGAUGGAGUGGGGCCCCUGCAGUGUGUCCUGUGGUGUCGGGACCCAGCGGAGGCUGAGGCAGUGUAACAACCCCCUGCCUGCCAACGGGGGUCGCCACUGUACCAAUUCAGACACAGAGACACGCAGCUGCCAGGGCAAGCCCUGUCCAGUGAAUGGUAACUGGUCAGAGUGGUCGUUGUGGGAAGAGUGUUCUCGUACCUGUGGCCAGGGCAACAGGACCAGGGUGCGCACCUGCACCAACCCCUCCGUGCAGCAUGGGGGCAGACCCUGUGAGGGCAAGGCAGUGGAGGCCAUCAUGUGUAGCAUCAGGCCCUGCCCUGUGGCAGGUAACUGGGGGGCGUGGUUGCCAUGGAGCUCAUGCAGUGAGACGUGCGGUAAAGGGAUGCAGACCAGAGUGCGCCUGUGUAACAACCCCCCUUCCUCAUUCCACGGGCCACCGUGUGAGGGCCCCGACACACAGACACAACUCUGCAAGGAGAGACACUGUCCUGUUCAUGGUAACUGGGGUCUGUGGAGUAGUUGGGGCAGCUGCAGCAGGACGUGUAAUGGAGGACAGAUGAAGCGCUACAGAACAUGUGACAACCCCAGACCCGCCAAUGGGGGCAGAGCAUGUGCCGGGGCAGACUCACAGAUACAGAGGUGCAGCACAGCCAGCUGCCCUGUGGAUGGUAACUGGGGAGCGUGGCAGCCCUGGGGAGAAUGCUCCGUCUCCUGUGCUGGCGGAGAGAGAACUCGAGUCAGACUCUGUAAUAACCCGUCGCCUAGCAACGAGGGCCGCCUCUGCCCAGGAGACUCCACCCAGGUGUCCAGGUGUAACGGCCAAACGUGUCCAGGCGGGCCUCAGAAGGCGAGAGGCAGCAUCAUAGGAAACAUUAACGACGUGGAGUUUGGAAUUGCCAUCCUCAACGCCACCAUCUCUGACAACCAAUCAGGAGGCAGGGUUAUACACGCCACCAUCUCCAAUGUGCCCCGGAGCCUGGGCCCAGCUAUGAGGAAGCUGAUCUCCAUCCUGAACUCCAUCUAUUGGACGACGGCCCAGGAGCUAGGGGAGGCAGUGAACGGCUACUCUCUGACCAGAGGUGUGUUCAGGAGGGAGACGCAGGUGGAGUUCGCCACAGGUGAGAUCCUGAGGAUGACCCAUGUGGCUCGGGGGCUGGACUCAGACGGAGCACUGCUAUUGGAUAUCGUGCUGAAUGGACACGUUCUGCAGCUGCCGUCUAAUGCUGACAUCAGCGUCAAGGACUACACAGAGGACUACAUUCAGACUGGUCCAGGUCAGCUGUAUGCUCUAUCCACCCGGAUGUUCAGUAUUGAUCGGGUCAGUGUGCCCUACUCCUGGAACCACACAAUCACCUACGACCCUGACAAGGGAAAGAUGCCCUACCUGGUGGAGACGCUCCAUGCCUCGGCCAUCAGCGCCCACUACCACCCCCUAGAGGAAGUCCUGGAAUACAAGCUCCACGCCACCAUCACCAAGGGUGAUCGUAGUAACCAGUGUCCCGUUGGCUUCAGGCUGGACUCUGCAGGACCCUACUGUGCAGAUGAGGAUGAGUGUAAGGAGAGGAGCCCUUGUUCUCAUGUCUGUCACAAUGCCAUGGGAACCUACUAUUGCUCAUGUCCCCGAGGACUCACCAUCUCAGCUGACGGCAGGACCUGUCAGGACAUUGAUGAGUGUUCUCUGGGUGGGCACAUGUGCCAUGACGGGCAGGACUGUGAGAACACCAUUGGCUCCUACCGCUGUGUGAUGCGCUGUGGGCGGGGCUUCAGAAGGACAGCCGAUGGACACAGUUGCCAAGGUUACACUCGUUUCCAUCUUCAAGAUUGGCAUCACCAGAACAGUAAUGAGUGUGAGCAUGCGCCCCAGCCCUGCGCGCACCAGUGCCUCAACACCCCCGGCAGCUUCAAGUGUGUGUGCCCGCCAGGGCGCCACCUGCUUGGGGAUGGAAAGUCCUGCGCGGGGCUGGAGAAGCUGCCUCCCAGCUACCAGAGCUUCUCAUACGGCUACAGCUCCUCCCAGGACUCCCCUGAGCGGAGCGCCUUCCAGCGCCAGUACCACAGCCUGGCCUCUCAGAGCUACCCCUCCUACGCUGCCACAGGGGGGCGCUAUAGGCAGCGUAGACGCAGGGAGGCCCUGGCCUGUCCGCAGGGGUACGAGGCCAGGGGUGGCCGUUGCCUAGACAUCAACGAGUGUGAGGUGAGGGACACGUGCCAGCAUGAGUGUAUGAACACUCCAGGGAGCCAUAGGUGUCAGUGUCCGGCCGGCUACCGCCUCAUGACCAACGGAAAGACCUGCCAAGAUAUAGAUGAGUGUCUGGAGCAGAAUGUCCAGUGUGGGACCAACAGGAUGUGCUUUAACAUGAGAGGAAGUUACCAGUGUAUCGAUACACCCUGCCCACCUAACUACCAGAGAGACCCAGCAACAGGGUUCUGUCUGAAGAAAUGCCCUCCCAACGACCUGGAGUGUGCACUAAGCCCUUACGCACUGGAGUACAAGCUGCUGUCCCUCCCCUUUGGCAUUGCGGCCAAUCAGGACCUGAUCCGGCUGGUGGCGUACACGCACAACGGUGUGGUGCACCCGUGUACCUCUUUCCUGGUGGUGGAUGAGGACGCGACCUUACACUUCGCCCUAUGAGACGAGAACCUGAAGGGGAUGCUGUUCACGACCUGGGCUCUCAAAGAGCCCCACACCUACCGGAAGAAGGUCCGCUCCUUGUCUUAGAGGGCUGACGGAGGCAUCGAGUACCAGACCACCUUCAUCGUCUACAUCGCCGUCUCCGCCUACCCCUACUGAGAGCACUUUAAAACGACGGUGUAAAAGGGGGGGGGGGGGGCACUGAAAAGGUUGCGACCUCUGUAUGCAGCACCACUGCGAACGAGCAUGUGCGUGGAUGUAUGUAUGUGUGUGUGUGUGUGUGUGUGGUUGGUUGGUAAAGCUGCCACAUAAGUAAAUGGGAACUAGUAGAAAAAGACUGUUCGUAUAUGAGAACUACUAAGGUGGGACAGGAGAACAGCACUGCAAUCCCAAGAAGCAGAUUAGGAAAUGACUCAACACUUGCACACCAAAGAGUUUAAAGAAUAGCGAGUUCCCCUCGGAUGGAAGUAAACAUCUAUUUAUUGGCCAGAUAUCCUAAAUAGAAUCCUGUUCUCUCCAAUGUUAAGGUGCUUUGUGGAUCUAGAAUGAAUUGUUUGACCCUCUUGUACUUUACAAUGCCCUCUCCCGUCCACAAGGUGAUCUUUACAGAUGACUCAGACUGCUUCUCCAGGUCCCAUGAUGAGUCCACCGUUGGCCCAGAAUGUAGUCUUCCUCCCCUCCUCCUCUCCUCAGGCUUAAAGUGGUAGAGACAAGAAACAUUAGCUAGCCUUUAUUUACAUCUACCUAUUAACUUAUUGGGAAGUGCUUGAAUACCAAAAAAAAAGGGUCAGUUCCCUCCUUUGCUCAACUCUUUGGCUGGUUGGUCGCAGAAUGUUGUGACAUCAGACCGGAGAACAGAGCAAGUCAUUUGAUUGGUCCGAAAUGGUGCCUGUAGAGACUUGUUGGCGAGAGGAGUUUGGCUGUCUAUCAGUCUAACUCAGACUUAGAUAGACAUUGCAUCAUUGUAUCACAUCAUCUCUAUGGUCAAACUCUUGCCCACCUCAGGUAAUCACCCCUCUUCCUCAUCCCCAGAGUACCCAACACACUCGUCCUCCAUUAGCAGUGUGUCCGAUAGGAACAGUAGUCAUUGCUUCAUUACAGUCAAUACAAUCACAACAUUAAAGGUUCAUAGGAUUCUUUUAACCACUUCAUCCAUAGUCAGUUACCAAGAUGUAUUCUAUUUUUAUGAUUUGUAUAGAAGUGUUUGGUUUUUCUUGUAAUGUAUUUCUAUACUGUAUUACAUUUUUAUAAAAAAUAAAAGAUAUACAAUCAUGAUAGAGGUGUUUCUGUGACUAGUUAUCUGCUGUACCACAAUAGUACUUUUCACCAGUAAAUAACUCAGAACUUCAAAAUCUGUUUUCAGAACUUUUAUAUUAUUUUAAAUCACAAACAUAAAGGAAUAUUGUUAUGGAGUAAGGCAGUUUGUACACCAGUUUGAUAUGUUCCUUCGAUUUUUUUUUUGCAAUUGAGCAUUUUAACAUUUCAACUGCAUAAUUAUAAAAACAGCUACUAAUGUAUUACCACUGAUGAGAUUAUUAAAA